AUGAGAGAUUUUCGUUUGGGCGACGAGGCUUUCAUAUUUGGGAAGGUGGUAUCGAGUUCAUUCUUUCUUAGAUAUGAACUUGAAAGGGACGUACAAGCGGAAAUUGUCUUCAUGGAUUUUCAACGUCAGUAUCAGAUAGAUUUAGUCAUUUCUUGCCUACUAGGAAGAAAUAACAUAUCUAAAAUAGCUGAGAGACCUACACCUGCUUGUAGCCCAGAACUUGAGUAA